AUGAUAUCCCGAAUUGUUUUUCGACAACCGUGCUUCAAAAUUCUACACGUAGCCACACGUUACUAUGCAGGCAUUCAUCAACGACAUCCUGUGAUUCGAUUGUCAACACAGCGAUUGAACGAUUUGAAGCAAAAGCUUGCCGGCGGUCCCAUUCCGACAGCAUCCGAAUGGAGUGAAAUUCGAAAGAGCAUUUUAGACGAACGGUAUUUCACCGCUACCAACGUGGACAGUACGGUAUUGGGACUUUGUGGUAGCCUAGACAGUGGAAAGUCAUAUUUGGAAUAUCUACGAACUAAAGGGGUUAAUAUGAAUUUUGCCAUGAUCAAUCGCCUGCUGAGGUUGUAUCGAAUACAGGGAUGCGACACCGGGCAGUUAAGUGAACAGGAUCAACAGGACAUUUUUAAACUUUACUCUGAUAUUAGGAAGGAUACUACAGUGCUGGACGCAACAACGUGUGAACACCUAAUUGGAGCCUUAACGCUCACAGAUCACUGGCGGCUAUCGUUUGAAUUAUUAGAUAUGAUUAAAUUAACUGGAAUACCGGACAGUUCAACUUACAGCUUCUUGAUUAGAAAGUGCUUUCUAAGCGGUGAUUCGGAGACGGGAUGGAAACUGCUAAAAGAGCAAUCGGAUAACAAACGGCUCCCCAAUGAUGACGUAUUUCUGGCAUGGUUAGACUACAGCAUUAGUAAUAAUCGAUCUAUUGCAAGCGACGUAGUCAAAAUGCUUUCAUUUACCAAAGACGCAUCAAUCUUUCUGUCGAAACGUGUUGGAACUGCACUCAAACAAUUGGAUUCGAAAACCGGCAUUACCGCCAGCGAUGCGAGAGUUACAGAUCAAGGCAAAUGCUCACAUUGCAAGUCUACCAUGGCUAGCAUUGUUGUUCAGGAACAAUCAUUCCGUGCUUUAAAGGAUGCCUUCCUACAGGCCGUUGUAAUUAAGAAAGAAAUAUUCAAUAAUACCACCCCGGAAGAACUGCGUCGUUUUCAAACAUUUCUUAACAAUACUAAACCAUACGACAUAGUAAUCGACGGUUUGAACGUGGCGUUUUCUUCGGGCAAUCAAAAAUCCCCGACCGGAUAUGCAAUACAGAUCGCUGCAGUGGUGAAGCAUUACGUGCAGCAAAAGAAACGAGUGUUGGUAAUUGGACGGCAGCACAUGGAUCGGUGGCGAUCUCGAGAGAUGAAAUACAUCCGUCAGAAGAGCUUUCUGUUUCUAACGGAAGAUCUAUCGCAGGACGAUCCGUUUCUGCUAUAUGCAGCUCUCGAAAGCGGUCCUCAUACGGAUUUCUUUUCUAGGGAUCUAAUGCGGAAACAUUCCUUUCUGUUGGGUGACGAGCUCUGCACUGUAUUCAAGCAAUGGCAGCAGCAGCAUCAAUAUUCGUUGCUCACUAUCAAACCGGACGGAAAAGUGCUAAUCAGAACACCUUUCCAAUACGAGCUGUUCGCUCAUCAGUUACCAGGUGAUUCGAAGUGUUGGCACGUGCCACUAGUGGAAGACUGUCUAAAACUUCACAAACUUGAGAAACAAACGAACUGGUUGUGUCUAAAGAUAGAUAAAUAGAUACGCUAUUCAGUA